GACUCAUUGUGACAUUAUUGAGACUGGAUUCACCAACUGGGUACAUGUGCCAUGUUCUAAGGACCAAAUCUUUGAAUUUACCUUCACAAAUUGAGGAAUUUGCAAAAGUACUUCCCAUAAUUUUGUUGGCCUGGAAGGCAAAAAAAAAGGAUGAGACUGAUAAAGAUGAUCUUGAGGUCCAGCUUCAAUACCUGCAAGGAUCUAUUUCAAGUUAUCCACCUACAAAUCAAGAACAAUCAAAGCACUACUUGUCAACACACCACAGAGCAAAAGAACAAAAGACAUUCCAUUAA